AUGCCUACUCUUAGGAGAAGCAAACGCCUCAAGAACUGUGAGGAUGACUCUGAAAAUGAGAUACCCCGCCGUCUAAGAACGCCCGAUAUAUUCCUUGUCCCCGAAACCUUGGAAGCUAUUCUUCUGCGUCUGGACAUGCACACAUUGCUGAUAUCAGCUCGGGUCUGUGCUACGUGGAAUGCUCUCAUCAAAAGCUCUCGCAGGAUCCAGCAGGCCCUGUUCUACAUUCCCAUCGACACAGACACCAGAAAGACCCGUCGCAAAACAAGGAAGAACCCUCUGGUGAUGGACAAGAUAUGGUUCGAAUUCAUCUUUGUAGGACUCAACUCGCGUCGGAGACAUGGUGCGUGGCACUGCCCCUCUAUUGCAUCGGAGAAGAGAGAAAGGGCAUACUUGCGCCCCGAGGCAAGCUGGCGGCGGAUGCUCCUUCAGCAACCUCCCACCUCGAUCGUCCGCUUCUGGAACCCCGAGUGCCUUUGGGGUCCCUAUUGGCAUAAUCUGCCCAAAGAUCAGAUGGUCAAAACUGGGGCCGAGUGGACACCGGACGGAGACUAUCUCCGCAUGGAGAACGUUGCAUAUGAGGUCUACACAGGAGCGAUCUCGGCAGGGCCCCUGCCUUUCCUAUGCUGGGCAGAUGCCGAGGCCCUGAGAAAGGUCAUGCGCAAGUCCAAGCGACGCAAGCAGGUACGCCGCGAUCGUACUCUCAAGCGCUAUCUUCGGAGGUUCGAUCUCACCAUCAACACGGAAUGCCCCGAUUUCUGGCCGAUUGUCUGGAUUGAAGACCAUCCGGUACCUGUAAGAGAUUUUCGUCAGUUCUGUGAAACAAGGGAUGUCAAGUUGUUGGUAGCCGAUCCCCGUUAA